CCCUCGCGCUGCGCCCAGGUAGCUGCGAGGAAACUUUUGCAGCGGCUGGGUGGCCGUCGUCUCCUGCUCCUCACAGAGCCGCUGCCAGCCUUGCCGCGCCCCGGGACUGCUUUCGUCCCCUCCGCUGCCACUCUCUCGUGCCUCUCGCUCCGCGUGCAGAGGAUGGCCGGCACCGUGCGCACCGCGUGCUUGGUGGUGGCGAUGCUGCUCUGCCUGGAUUGCCCGGGACAGGCGCAGCCCCCGCCGCCGCCGGACGCCACCUGUCAUCAGGUCCGCUCUUUCUUCCAGAGACUGCAACCCGGACUCAAGUGGGUGCCCGAGACCCCUGUGCCAGGAUCAGAUUUGCAAGUAUGCCUCCCCAAGGGCCCAACAUGCUGCUCGAGAAAGAUGGAAGAGAAAUACCAACUAACAGCACGACUGAACAUGGAGCAACUGCUUCAGUCUGCAAGUAUGGAGCUCAAGUUCUUAAUUAUUCAGAAUGCAGCGGUGUUCCAAGAGGCCUUUGAAAUUGUUGUUCGCCAUGCCAAGAACUACACCAAUGCUAUGUUCAAGAACAACUACCCAAGCCUGGCCCCACAAGCUUAUGAGUUUGUGGGUGAAUUUUUCACAGACGUGUCUCUUUACAUCCUCGGCUCCGACAUCAAUGUGGAUGAUAUGGUCAAUGAGCUCUUUGACAGCCUGUUUCCUGUCCUCUAUACCCAGCUGAUGAAUCCCAGCCUGCCUGAGUCAGCGCUGGACAUCAAUGAAUGCCUCCGAGGGGCCAGGCGUGACCUGAAAGUCUUUGGGAAUUUCCCCAAGCUUAUCAUGACCCAGGUUUCCAAGUCACUGCAAGUCACUCGGAUCUUCCUCCAGGCCUUGAAUCUUGGGAUCGAAGUGAUCAACACCACCGACCACCUGAAGUUCAGUAAGGACUGUGGCCGAAUGCUCACCAGGAUGUGGUACUGCUCUUACUGCCAGGGACUGAUGAUGGUCAAGCCUUGCGGGGGCUACUGCAACGUGGUCAUGCAAGGCUGCAUGGCGGGCGUGGUGGAGAUUGACAAGUACUGGAGGGAAUACAUCCUGUCCCUCGAAGAGCUGGUCAAUGGCAUGUACAGAAUCUACGACAUGGAGAACGUCCUGCUCGGCCUCUUCUCCACGAUCCAUGAUUCCAUCCAGUAUGUCCAGAAGAAUGGAGGAAAGCUGACCACCACUAUUGGCAAGUUAUGUGCUCAUUCUCAGCAACGCCAGUAUAGAUCUGCUUAUUAUCCUGAGGGUCUGUUUAUCGACAAGAAAGUAUUAAAAGUCGCUCAUGUAGAACAUGAGGAAACCUUAUUCAGCCGAAGAAGGGAACUCAUUCAGAAGUUGAAAUCUUUCAUCAGCUUCUACAGUGCUCUGCCAGGCUAUGUCUGCAGCCACAGCCCAGUGGCCGAAAACGACACCCUUUGCUGGAAUGGACAAGAACUGGUGGAAAGAUACAGCCAAAAGGCAGCAAGGAAUGGGAUGAAAAAUCAGUUCAAUCUCCAUGAGCUGAAAAUGAAGGGCCCUGAGCCAGUGGUCAGUCAAAUUAUCGACAAACUGAAGCACAUUAACCAGCUCCUGAGGACCAUGUCUGUUCCCAAAGGCCAAGUUCUGGAUAAGAACCCGGAUGAGGAAGGCCUUGGAAGUGGAGACUGUGGUGACGAUGAGGAUGAGUGUAUCGGAGGCUCCGGUGACGGGAUGAUGAAAGUGAAGAACCAGCUCCGCUUCCUUGCAGAACUGGCUUAUGAUCUGGACGUGGAUGAUGCCCCCGGAAGCAAGCACCAUGCAAAUCCGAAGGACAACGAGGUUGCCUCCUCCUCUCACAACGUGGGCAACGGGCAGUCUCCACUGAAGGUCCUAACCAGCGUGGUGAUCUAUGUGCUGUGCUUUUUCUUCCUGGUGCACUGACUUCCUAGUGCACAGCCCACGUGCUGCCCGGCAGCACCCCAUGGUCCACCUCUCUAAAGGGGACCACUUUCUUUCUUUUUUUUUUUUUACCCUGUAUACCUCCUCCAGCCAUUAAGUAGAGAACUAACUUUGAGUUACGUUUUCGAAAACCAAGUGGUAUCUUUUGAGGAAGGUAAAACUUAGCAGUAGUAUAGAUUUGUCCUUUUGCAAAGAAAAGAAAAAAAAGCAAAAAAAACACCACAUCAACAAGUUGUGCAGAUUAUUUUCCUACGUUUGGCUGCUGUAACAUGGAUACCAUGUCUCUCUAUCUCUCUUUUUCUCUUUGCAUGGAUUUCUUUGGAAAAAAAAUACAAUAAAUGUUCAAAUAAAAA